AUGUUGCAGUUUAGGGGCCAAUUACGGCCAUUGCAAAGUAGCCGGUGUGCAAGUAGUAAGCCUCUACGCUGCAUCUCGUCAUAUAUUCCCCGCUCUUUGCCCUUUCCUGCCUCUGUCUCUGCUUUCCCUUCUGCUUUUCCGUUUUUUUCGCUUCCAGUACGUCAAUUUCCAUUGUAUCGUCGAUCAAAUUCACCCCAAUACCUAUCGACCUCCGCAACGAUGACCGAAUACAAACUCAAAGGCAUAUCCUCCCUGUCCACUCUUGGAUCUCUCGAGAAGAUUGAGGUCGACGUCGAAGGUGUAGAGGAGGGGAAAGUAUUACUCGUCAAGCUGGAUGAUAAAGUCCACGCCCUCAGUCCUAGGUGUACGCAUUAUGGUGCACCGAUGAAGAAUGGUGUUGUGACAGGUGAUGGACGUAUCACCUGUCCUUGGCAUGGAGCCUGCUUCAAUGUCUCCACCGGUGAUGUGGAAGACGCACCUGCUCCAAAUGCCCUGAACAAAUACGAAGUUUUCGAGCGAGACGGAGCAGUCUAUAUCAACGCCAAGGAAGAGGAUAUCAAGUUUGGCCAGCGGAAUCCUGUGGUCAAAUGCAGCGUGUCAAAGUCGGACGAGAAAGUGGUGGUGGUUGGAGGUGGAAGUGGAACAUUAGGCGUUUUACAAGCCCUCCGCGAACUCAAAUAUCCAGGCCAAAUCACCAUGAUCUCCAAAGAGCCUGAUCUGAUCAUUGAUCGAACCAAGCUUUCCAAAGCCCUCAUCUCAGACCCCUCCAAAAUCCAAUGGCGUCCCCGAGAAUGGUAUGAGUCGGCCGCGAUUGAAACCCUCACCGAUGAAGUAACAGCUGUGGACUUCAAAGGCCGAACUGUUUCCACGAAGUCUGGCAAGAAUAUCAGCUAUACCAAGCUUGUUCUCGCAACAGGUGGAAUUCCACGCACCCUCCCACUGCCUGGUUUCAAAGGUGAAUUGUCUAACAUAUUCACACUGCGGACAAUCCAAGAUGUACAAUCAAUCCUCUCUGCCGCCAGCAACAAGAAGAACAUUGUCGUGAUCGGCAGUUCCUUCAUCGGCAUGGAAGUGGGCAACGCCCUCUCAAAAGACCACAACGUCACAAUCGUUGGAAUGGAAUCCGCCCCCAUGGAACGAGUAAUGGGCGCAAAGGUCGGCCGAAUCUUCCAAUCGAACCUUUCCAAGAAUGGCAUCACAUUCAAGCUCUCUGCAAGCGUAAGCCACGCCUCUCCAUCCUCAACUUCCAGCUCCGAAGUCGGCACCGUCCAUCUCAAGGAUGGAACAGCCCUCCCAGCCGACCUCGUCAUUCUAGGCGUCGGCGUCCGCCCCGCAACAGACUAUCUGACCAAUAACACGAGCAUCACUCUCGAAAAGGACGGCUCAAUAGCAACAGAUGAACACUUCUCAGUUCGCGGUUUGGACUCUGUCUUUGCAAUUGGCGAUAUUGCAACCUAUCCGUACCAUGGACCAGGAGGCGAUGGGGCUGGUGUCCGCAUCGAGCAUUGGAACGUCGCGCAGAAUGCGGGGCGUGCAGCCGCGCGUGCGAUUGUGCACGCGCAACGUGGAGUGUCCAUCAAAGCCAAGAGGUUUAUUCCUGUGUUUUGGUCUGCGCUGGGAGCGCAGUUGCGAUAUUGUGGGUAUGCUGGCAGCUUUGACGAUGUUGUGUUGAGGGAGCAAGGAGAAGGUAAGUUUGUGGCAUUUUAUACAAGUGGGGAGACGGUUGUUGCUGUUGCUACAAUGGGGGUUGAUCCGGUCAUGAGUCAGAGUGCCGAGUUGAUGAGGGUUGGAAAGAUGCUAGGAAAGAAGGAGAUCAUAGCUGGGGGAGACGUAUUGAGUGUUAGGGUAUGA